AACGGACGCGUUCGCCGACAGACCGUACCAGUUAACCGUCAGUCUUCGGUAGCACUCCAUCAGACAAGUCCAAAGUCCACCAACCAACACCAACAUCACCAUGCAAUUCCAAGUGUCUUUCGCUCUGCUUGCCAUGGUCGUGUGCUUUGCCGCCGCCGCCGCCGCCGAGGAAGCCAAACCGCAGUCCGCUACAUCCGCCACCGACAGAAGCAAACGGGGUUUGAUCGCACCGCUGGUCGCCUCCCCUUACGUUGCAGCACCAUAUGCCGCCGCCCCGUACGUAGCAGCCCCGUACGCCGCCGCCCCGUACGCAGUCGCUGCCCCGUAUGCCGCCGCCACCCCGUAUGCAGUUGCUUCCCCAUACGCCGCACCGUACAUUUCCUCGUACACCACCUACCCCUAUGUUGCCAAGACCUUGGCUUCCCCGUACGCAUACUACCCUUGAAAACGACCAUGACCAAUUCGACCUGUUCUCGCCUAAAAUCACAUCGAAAUAAUUGUAAGGAAAAUAAUUGUUCAACCAUAGUUGACAACGUACUUAACAAUAUUAUGUCUUGUUGAUAUGUGUAAAUAAACAUUUAAUUGUUCGCAUCAAA